GCCCGCCUUCCUCCUUCAGACAACAUGGCGCCGAUGUUGGUGCCGCUGAAGUGCGGCAUUCACUUCCAAAGACGCAAGUUGGCGCUUCUCCUUCGACAGACGAGCUCGUACCACAGCUGGAAUAAAAGUCGCCCCGAAACUGCAACUGACCACAAACGCCAAAGUACAUAUCUGCUGAGUUCCCCUCCACACCUACGGACAUCCACAUGGAGCACAAACAGGAGCCAAAACAGUCGGCAGAUUUUGGAGACGGUGAAACAUUUACAGAUAACCGACAAAAGAACGUGUUGGCAUGGAAAUGCAGGAGGAAAGCUAAAUGCAGAUCCCAAAAAUGUGCUGAACGAAGUGAAUUCAACCCAGAUUCUGUCUGCAAUGCUGUCUUACGUGUGGCCGAAGGAUCGACCAGACCUGCGGGCGCGUGUUGCCAUCUCCCUGGGCCUGCUGGCUGGAGCCAAGAUGACCAACGUGACAGUGCCCUUCAUGUUUAAGUAUGCCGUGGACGAGCUUAACCAGAUGUCGGGACACAUGCUGCACCUGAACGACGCGCCAACCACUGUGGCUACCAUGGCAACGGCCAUGCUGAUAGGCUAUGGCGCGUCCCGGGCUUGUGCAGCCUUCUUCAACGAGCUGAGGAACACUGUGUUUGGCAAGGUGGCCCAGAGCUCCAUCCGACGCAUCGCCAAGAACGUCUUCCUCCACCUGCACAAUCUGGACUUAGGUUUCCAUCUCAGCCGCCAGACGGGAGCGCUGUCCAAGGCCAUCGACCGCGGUACGCGGGGCAUCUCGUUUGUCCUCAGUGCCCUCGUCUUCAAUCUGGGACCCACGGUCUUUGAGAUGGGCCUCGUCAGUGCCAUCUUGUAUUACAAGUGUGGUGGACAGUUUGCAGCGGUGUCCUUGGGCACACUGUCAGCGUACACCCUCUUCACCGUACUCGUCACCCAGUGGAGGACUCGGUUUUGGAUAGAAAUGAACAAAGCAGACAAUGAGGCCGGCAACGCAGCUAUUGACUCCCUUCUUAACUAUGAGAGUGUCAAAUACUUCAACAACGAGAAGUAUGAAGCGGAAAAGUACGACGGAUACCUGAAGGUCUACGAGUCGUCCUCUCUGAAGACCACGUACACGCUCGCCAUGCUCAACUUCGGCCAGAGUGCCAUCUUCAGUGUCGGCCUCACCGGCAUCAUGGUGCUGGCCAGCAAAGGCAUUGCGGCAGGCACGAUGACCGUGGGAGACCUGGUGAUGGUGAACGGCCUGCUCUUCCAGCUCUCCCUCCCGCUCAACUUCCUCGGCACGGUGUACAGAGAGACCCGGCAGGCCCUGAUAGACAUGAACACUCUCUUCACCCUCCUCAACGUCGACACCAAGAUCAAGGAGAGGAAUCUGGCACCGGCAUUAGCAGUGACACCACAGGAUGCCACCAUCCGCUUUGAGGACGUCUACUUUGAAUACAUGGAGGGCCAGAAAGUCCUGGAAGGCGUGUCCUUCGAGGUCCCCGCUGGGAAGAAGGUGGCUAUAGUCGGUGGCAGCGGCUCAGGGAAGAGCACCAUUGUGCGGCUUUUGUUCCGCUUCUACGAGACGCAACAGGGGAACAUCUACAUAGCGGGGCAGAAUAUCCGAGACAUCAGCCUCGACAGCCUGAGGAAGUCUCUGGGGGUCAUACCUCAGGACGCCGUUCUGUUCCACAACACCAUCUUCUACAACCUGCAGUACGGCAACAUCAAUGCUACUCCUGAGCAGGUGUACCAAGUAGCACGUCUCGCAGGCCUCCAUGACGCCAUCCUCAGGAUGCCCCGUGGCUAUGACACCCAGGUCGGGGAGCGGGGCCUGAAGCUGUCAGGGGGGGAGAAGCAACGUGUUGCCAUCGCUCGUGCAAUUCUAAAGAAUCCACCCGUCCUCCUGUACGACGAAGCCACAUCCUCCCUCGACUCCAUCACGGAAGAGAACAUCAUGACUUCAAUGAAGGAGAUGGUGAAGGACAGGACAUCGGUGUUUAUCGCCCACAGGCUUUCUACCAUCGUGGACGCAGAUGAGAUUAUAGUGCUCAGCGAGGGUAAAGUGGCCGAGCGAGGAAACCACCACUCCCUCCUCAGCACCCCCGGCAGCCUGUACGCAAACCUGUGGAACACCCAGAACAGUAAAAUCCUCAACAGCGCCAAGAGCUCGCCCGAGCCUCCGGUUGAGCGUCCGUCGCAGAAAGAGGAGGAGAGGAAGAAACUACAGGAGGAGAUCCUCAACAGCGUGAAGGGCUGUGGUAACUGCUCCUGUUGAGAGGAGCUGCCGCCUCCAUGUCGCCACAGCCCUCACAGAUGGCCUGCACUGGAAUCCCUGUUCUGCGCGGCAUUUGGGAGGAAGGGAGCAGAGUGGGGCUACAUCCCCACUAUCCACUCAAGCCAAGCCCCCCCCCCUCCCAAUGUGACUAUCCCUCCUCCUCGCACAAAUAAAGGCCACUGCUCGCCAAUGUGAAGGAGGAGGAGGAGCAGAACAGGGAGUAAGUGUGUUUAGCUCUGGCUGGUGUCCAGAGAUGGAGCGUCAAUGCCAGUUGUCUCAGCUGAAGCCAAGCAUAAGAGACCUUGUAUAUCACAUACGUGUGUGUAAGACAUCUGUUAGACAACAUGGUUGCCCCACUCGUCCUCGUUUCUGACAUCAGGUUUAUUGACAUCUUUCACUUCACAGAUGAGAGAACACAAAAUGACUUGCAUAUGAUAUUACUGAAUUUGGAUUUCCAUAAACUCAACCUAUAGUUUGUUUGUUUUUUAAUAUUGGAGAUGUCUCUUAUAUUUUAUGCUGCAAUUUUAUGUACUGGAUUACAGAUUGUUCUCUGUGCGAGUUGGUUUGGGUUCAUUUAGCAGAUAAUGCAUCAAUAAAUUGCAUUACCCCUGAAUUUUUUUAAUUCUUAAGCAUGUUCUUAAAAUGUGGCAGAUACUCAGGUCUUAACUUGAUUCAAAAACAUUACAUGUUUGUUUGGGAUAGAAAACAUGGAAAAUAGCUCCCCUGUGAAUAAGCAGUACGUCGUUCAUGUAAAUAUAACACGCGGACAAUGACGGAAAUUAACUAAUAAACCAUGAAUGGUUUUCACCACAUUACGAAGCAACAACUUGUUCCUCUGGGAACAUUUCAGCGUCAUCUCUUUUAGCCUUAGUUGAUGGCUCUUCGUAAUGAGUAACCACAGGGUGUUUGAAAAUGUUUGAGACAGCUUUUUGGAUUGUAUGAGCAGAAUACAAACUUCCUCCUGAAGCUUGAAUAGUCAUGUUUAAAAACUCAUUUUUCUGAGGUGUUUGGGCUGUGAUGUUCACACGUUGUCAGGAACAUCAGCUUAUUGUGUCUGUAAAUUAAAUGAACAGUCUUGUACAAAUAUAGUGUACACAAUGUGAAGUCCGUUUUCAUAAUAUUCUCCGCUGCACAGACUAAUAAAUGUUUUCUUUGGUUUUAA